GUUUUUUUCUUCUUUUUUUUUCGCCACAUUCGACUGCCAGCGCGCCGCAGCUGUUUUGCGGCUGUGAUGUGGAUCACGGUGAAGGCUCCGGAGACCCCGCUUCAGCGACGCCGCUACGGCGUUAUCGCGCCUAAAUGAUGCCUGCAAUCCGAAGCAGCCCACGCGCCUCAGACGUCAGAGCCAUUAGCUCUGAUUGUGGGCCGUCUUCCUACCACGAAGUGCCACCGUGUGCCAGUGUGCGCGCGUGCUUGAAUCGGUGAUGCGAACUACGUGCCUUGUCCACUGCUCAUGCGAUGAGCGUUAACGAGGAAGAAAAACGUUCUUUUCUUCUUUCCUGCAACGGAAUUUCGAGGUGAACGUUCGUUACGUAGGCCAGCACACCGCAGAAAGCGACUUGUGUUGCCGAGCUUGCCGCUAUCUGCAGGGUCGCCAGCAACGCAACGGCAAUCGGCACUCACCGGCACCGCAACGCUUUCCGCAGUGCACAAGAUUCAUCGUCGCUCACAUCCGUCUGCCGGAUACGCCUCGUGUGCAGUCGUUCCGCAAAAAUUGUCCUAUUGUGCGUUCCGCGUGGCAGCGCAUGAUUGCUCUUGUUUCACUCCGGAGCUCGACGUAUACCUAGGUCGGCAGGCUGUCCUGCAUGUGUCGACGCUUGUGCAUUUCUACAUGUGCGUGCCAUCGCGGGAUGACAACAACGCAGUGUUUUGGUGAGCGUUGCAAGAUUGUGAAUUGUGUGCGCCAGACAUUCCUGACGUCUCACAGACACAUGAAAACCGCUGUACGCCGAGUUCCUGCACUGACGUCUGUUCGAUGAUGGCGCUUCAGUCGUGCUGCGCUGAAGCGCGACAACAAAGACAUUCUUUCGGGCACAUCGUUGAACGUGAAACGAAAUUUAGCACAAGCCAUUCUCACGAUGAUGAUGAUGAUGAUCUUGAGGAUUGCGACCUCAGCUGCUUCCUAGAAUCGAGCUUGCUUGCUUGCGAAGAGUCCGGCGACACGGCAUCGCCGUAUGUUCCAGUGUCUUCGUCAGUGGGUGUAUCUCCGGUGAUGCCUUCGCCUGUGUUCUCCAAGUUCCUGUUGCCUUAUGCCGAAGAACAACCGAACCUGCUGCCGAUAGACGAAGGGACAUCGAAACCGCCUGAACACUCUCUCGUCGAUGUGCUGCCCAAGAGUCCCAAGGUUGAGAGGCCGCACGGCAAGUCGAAGAGCAAGCGGUCACCGACUUCAGCCUCGUCGCCAUCAAGCACCAAGAAGCAAGGCAUCAGUAGCCCAUCCAGUGUCUCGCGAGCGAAAUCCACCACGCUGUCGGGACGGAGCGCUGAAGACGAAGAACUUGCAGCCCUGCAUGCCAGUGGGAACGUACGCUGUCCACACAGCUGCCGCAAGUGCUUCAACGACUGCAUGAACAAACUCAUGGCGCUGUGCGACAGCCAGGAAGUCAUGCACUUCGACGACGCUCUACGGCAGCCGUACAAGGCCAGCAAGCUGAGAAAGACAGGCGAGACCGUGGACUCCGAAGCAUACAUGGUCGACACGGGCAGCAAAACACCGACGGCUGUGGAUACUGUCGUGCAGCUCUUCUCUAUCGACGCGCACUCGCUUUCCCGAGUGUACUGUAGCGUUUUUAGCAGCAGGAAGCUCAGCGACCUGCAGAUGGGCCUUACCAACAAGUGCUACGGAUUCAGGACUAUACGCCGAAUCCUGUUCGUAGACGACACCCUGCCAGAAAACUUUCGCAAGGCGUACGACGAAUACGCCCACUGUCAUUCACGAUGCCUCCAGCCACACCCUGAUAUGAGACCGAAGGAGCAGCACUACCUGCUGGUGGAGAGCGACUACUGUGGUCCCAGUGUUCUACACUCUAAGCUCAAGCCCACGCAAGCGAUAAGCAUCAUCGGUCAGGUCGCGUGCACCUUGGCAGUCGCCGAACGAGAGCUCCAGUUCGAGCACCGAAACCUCCUCGAGGAAAACAUCAAGGUGCUGCCCUCGACAAGCAAGAACCACCACUUCCUCAUUGACGGCCGCACUUGUUGCGUCAAGGGAGCCGGCAUCAAGGUCACCCUCAUUGAUGACAACUUCAGCCGCCUGACCUACAACAACGAAAUCAUCUUGCGCAUGAGGAACUACAACUGCAUGUACAAAGACAAGACUGCGCAAUACCUUACCCUGGAAAGGAUUAUCAAGAACCGCUGGGACUUGUUCCACCCGGAGACCAACGCUCUGUGGCUGGCCUACCUGUGCGGCCACCUGAGCGACUAUCUGACCGUGCCCAACCCGUCCGGCGAGUGGCAGCGCAGGCUGGAGCUGCUCGCCUUCAUGCAGCGUGAUCUGCAUCGGGUCCAUUCAGCCGACGAGUUCGUGUGGAUAUACAUCAACAAGAUCGGCCACGUUCACGCAGAUCAUGGUUACCAGCCACACAGUUGGGGCAGCCGCAACGCGUCCGGUCCGCCCAUCUACACGGGCCUCCUGAGCCUGCUGCGUUGGCGAGACAAGAAGAAGAGUGAGGACGAGAACCCACCGGGACCUUCGACAAGUCCGCACGCUCAUCGCGGAGGAGCCUCCAGCGCUCCAGCAGAGCUCGACAGGCGGCGGCCUCACUAGUUACGCGCUUGGAGUGACUUGGCUCGCCGAUGCCCCUGGCCAAGCGCUCCAGUGGCCUAUUUAAAGCGCACUAUAUGAUAAAUAUGCUCGAAACGGGAAACGCGUGUCUCUUCUGUGCCUCUCGCAGGAGAAGCACUAUUUCUCUUGUAUAGUCAUAUCUGAAUUCGCACAAUGCCCAAGCGCUGUUGCGCAUCAAGGGAAACCGGUUGCUCGCCUUUAUGUGUAUGUGUACAGUAAACGCUUUCGUGCAGAUAUAAAGGAAACGCAAUUAAGAAAACUUAGAUAUAAGCGAUUGGUAGCUGUAACUGAUGCAACUAAAACGUCGCUUCAAGAACACUGGUGUGAGCUUCUCGUGUAGUUUCCCGCACCGCUGUUGCUGUAUUGUAUGCAGCUCGCCAUAUAAAAAUGACUACACACACCCACCUCCCCGGUAAAGGGGCCUUGCAUUCUGCUUACUAUAUUUUAGGUCGUGGUUCGUGGCUGUGGCACUUCCUAGGGGCCCAAAUGCACGCGUCUCUACAAAUUGUUGCGCGCCUUCAUGUACCGCAGAUAGUCAAAAUUAAUGUGUAGUCCUCCACUACGGCACCUCCACAGCCCGUAUGUAGCAUGUAACCUGAAAUCAAUGAGUGAAUGAAUAAACGAUAUUUGACUUCA